AUGGUUGUUGACUGGUUGCUACACCAGUGGGCGCCGACGCUCCAAUUGAAACCCCGCGUAAGGAUUGCGUGCGAUGGGUUUUCCGCCCUUCUCAAUACCUUUAGCGAUAAUCGAGUCACUCCCCAACAGGCGCAGUUUGACCUGGUCUCUUCCCUCCGCGAGGCCCUUGCGCGCUCCAAAGCCUUGUGGGAGCCUAGUCAUGUGUAUGGUCACCUUCACCAUGCUACGUCCUUUUCGUCCCUGUCUUGGUGGUCCAAAAGGAAUGUUGAAGUGGAUAAUUGGGCAGUGGCAUACUGCCAUCAGUUGGAGGCUUCUAACCAACUGAUUGCACCCAAUGCUCGCUUCUUUACUGAGUUGGCCGCUGUCUAUAUCGGGGACGUUAAGCAGUCUCGAUUGGACCCAGACUACAUCCAAGAGCUGGUGGCGCGAGAAACUCACAGUCACCCCAGAGGCGGAGUCGAAAACCGACUGGACCAGUCUGGCCUGGGCCAUGCGAUCUCUCCCAGCGGGCGUUCAACGCUGGACCACAAAGCACAUGGUGGGUAUGUGCGGUGUUGGCAAGUUUAA